AUGCCUCAAGCUCCUUCCACAAGGUGGUGUCCGACGCCGGAGCAGCUGAUGAUACUAGAGGAGUUGUACAGAAGUGGAGUUCGCACCCCAGAUGCUUCUCAGAUACAGCAGAUAACAGCUCAUCUCUCACGCUACGGCAGGAUAGAGGGGAAGAAUGUGUUCUACUGGUUCCAAAACCAUAAAGCCAGAGAAAGGCAGAAGCUCCGCAGGAGGCUUAGCAUCCACCACCACCUUCUUUGCUCAGGCUAUCCACUUGCGCUAUUCCCUCGUCGCCAGUUGCACUGCUUCCAGGACGCUCCUCUUCUGCACCAUCAUAUCCCCACCUCUCAUUUCCCUCAUCAGGUUUCCUCUCCUUACCAGAUUCUCUUGGAUGCGGAUGCAACCCAGGGGCUGGAUUUGUUGUGCAAGUUGGAGACCAAAGGUGACCAAGUAACUGCGUUGACAAACAGCUCAUUGAAUGGGCAUGAAUGGCUAGCGAAGAUGGACAUUCACUCCACUAAUCCUCCAUGCUGCAAACCUCUCAAGACUCUUGAUCUCUUCCCUACAAAAAGCACUGGCCUCAAGGACGAGUGCACCACCUCCAAGUCUAGGUCUGCAUCCCCCAGCUGA